AUGCCCGAGGCGUCCACCUCUCCCAGACCCCAGAAUGAAAUGGAUGACGUGCCCUUCUUUGACAUCCAGCUGCCUUACGAACUGGCAAUCAACAUAUUUCAGUAUCUGGACAGGAAAGACCUGGGAAGGUGUGCACAGGUGAGCAAGACGUGGAAGGUGAUUGCCGAAGACGAAGUGCUUUGGUACCGGCUGUGCCGGCAGGAAGGGCACCUUCCCGAGAGCAGCAUCUCUGAUUACUCGUGCUGGAAGCUCAUCUUCCAAGAGUGCCGAGCCAAGGAACACAUGUUAAGAACCAACUGGAAGAAUCGCAAAGGUGCCGUGAGCGAACUGGAGCACGUUCCCGAUGCGGUUUUGUGUGACGUGCAUUCCCAUGACGGCGUUGUCAUUGCCGGAUAUACAUCAGGGGACGUAAGGGUGUGGGACACCCGCACCUGGGACUACACAGCCCCUUUCCUGGACUCAGAGUAUGAGGAGGACGAGCCUGGAAUGCAGCCAUAUGUCUCCUUUGUGAGGAUAAACAGCUCGCUGGCGGUAGCGGCUUAUGAGGAUGGGUUUCUUAAUAUCUGGGAUCUAAGGACCGGAAAGUAUCCCAUCCAUCGUUUUGAGCAUGACGCAAGAAUACAGGCACUAGCCCUCAGCCAGGAAGAUGCAACGGUUGCCACAGCUUCCGCUUUUGAUGUUGUAAUGUUGCGCCCCAACGACGAGGGCUACUGGCAGAUCGCGGCAGAGUUCGAAGUUCAGAAACUGGUUGACUACCUUGAAAUCGUUCCAGAUACCGGAAGGUAUCCUGUGGCAGUGGCCACAGCUGGAGAUCUGGUGUACCUGCUGAAAGCUGAAGACUCUGCCAGAACCCUCCAUUACGUCUAUGGCCAGCCGGUCACGUGUCUGGAUGUCUCAGCCAACCAGGCUGCUUUUGGUGUGAAGAGUCUGGGAUGGGUAUACGAAGGAAACAAGAUCCUGGUGUACAGCCUGGAGGCAGAGCGCUGCCUCUCGAAGCUGGGUAACGCGCUCGGGGAUUUCACUUGCGUCAACCUCAGAGACAGCCCUCCCAACCUCAUGGUCAGUGGCAACAUGGACAGGAGGGUGAGGAUCCAUGACUUCCGCACUGACAAAAUCGCCCUGUCGCUCUCCGCCCACCAACUGGGCGUCUCUGCAGUGCAGAUGGACGACUGGAAAAUCGUCAGUGGAGGCGAAGAAGGCCUGGUCUCGGUGUGGGACUAUCGAAUGAACCAGAAGCUGUGGGAGGUGCAUUCCAGGCACCCCGUCCGCCACCUGUCCUUCAACAGCCACAGCCUCAUCACGGCCAACGUGCCCUACGAGAGGGUGGUGCGCAACACCGACCUGGACUUCACGGCCCACAGGAGGCACCGCGGGCUGAUCCACGCCUACGAGUUCGCGGUGGACCGGCUGGCCUUGCAGAGCACGCUGCCCGUCUGCCGUUCGUCCGCGGACCCCACGGCCGGCCACGGCUAUGCCCUCGCGCUCGCCUUCCCCCAGGACCGGAGUUAG